CACAAUCCAACAAGAUUUGCCGGUUUUCUUACUUGUAUUGUGUGGUGAAACGCGUCUGUUUAACACUGUUUAACACGUGCAGUUGGUUAUUUCAAUUGUGAAUAUUAAUUUAUAACAAAUUAUAGUUAAAAUUAUUAACUAAUAAAAUGGGUAGACCAGAUUUUUCACCAGCUGGUGGAGGUUUUAGAGGCCGUGGAGGUCGUGGAGGUGGGGGUGGCGGCCGUGGAGGUGGUCGAGGUGGUCGUGGAGGCUUUGGUGGUGGUGGUGGUGAUCGUGGAUCAUUUGGUGGUGACCGUAGAGGAGGUGGUGGCGGUCGUGGCGGUGGACGUGGUACACCAAGGGGACGUGGUGGUCCACGUGGAGGAGGUCGUGGUGGUGCAGGAGGUUUUAAAGGUGGUAAAACAGUUGUUAUUGAACCACAUCGUCAUGAAGGUGUAUUCAUUGCAAGAGGCAAAGAAGAUGCAUUAGUAACACGUAACUUGGUACCUGGAUCAGAAGUUUAUGGUGAAAAAAGAAUAAGUGUUGAUGGUGAUAAUAGUGAAAAAAUUGAAUACAGAGUAUGGAAUCCAUUCAGAUCAAAAUUGGCUGCUGCUAUUUUGGGAGGUGUUGAUCAAAUUCACAUGCCACCUGGUAGUAAAGUAUUGUAUCUUGGUGCUGCAUCAGGUACAACUGUAUCACAUGUUGCUGAUGUUGUUGGACCAGAUGGUCUUGUAUAUGCUGUAGAAUUUUCACACAGAUCAGGACGUGAUCUUCUUAAUGUUGCUAAAAAACGUACAAAUAUUAUUCCAAUUAUUGAAGAUGCAAGACAUCCACAUAAAUACAGAAUGCUCAUUGGUAUGGUUGACACUGUAUUUGCUGAUGUUGCACAACCAGAUCAAGCUAGAAUUGUUGCAUUAAAUUCACAAUAUUUCCUUAAAAAUGGAGGACACUUCGUCAUUUCCAUCAAGGCCAGCUGUAUAGACUCCACAGCAAAACCAGAAGCAGUAUUUGCUGCUGAAGUAAAAAAAUUAGUUGCUGAUAAUUUGAAACCACAAGAACAAAUUACACUUGAACCUUACGAAAGAGAUCAUGCUGUUGUCGUUGGUUCUUUCAGGGCAGCCCCUAAAAAAUAGAUUAUAUAUUAAUCUAAAUUUAUAUUUAAUUUUUAAUUGUAACGACGUUUAAUUAUA